CUUAAGACACAGCCCAGCCAGCUGUCCCAUGAGCCGCUGACCAUUCAUUCACAGUUUGCGGGUUGUGAACGUCCAAUCAGUGGCUGCUUGCUGACAAAGGUCAUUACCGACGAGGCACUCGAGGCAAAGCCCUGCCUUCCAAAGAGCUUUUAGUAACAGGAGAGCACAGAAACCAACCGACUACGGCUCCACCUGACAUAACCAGUGAUACUAUUGUUGUUGGGCCGAUUCGAUUCGAUUCAAUUCAAUUCAUUCAAUUCGUGUUCUCAACAGUUAGUCAGCUUCGUGGUGGUCCACCCAUCCAUCCAUUAAGCUGUUACGGGGAGUGCUGUCUCCACUGUUGUUGCUGUUGUUGCAAUCACACCUGCAGAAGCGCAAAGAAAACCUGCUGGCUGAACAGGAGCGGAAUCCGAAGGAGUCUUUGUUGUUGGUGCCUGCCUUAGUGUGAGGAAGGAAAAGACGGCCGCCACAAAACAACAUCAAUCGUAAGAUUCGGAGAGACAAGUUCUGAAGGCCUAGUCUAGAGAGAGGCACCAAGGAAGCAGUGACUGCAGGAGAUUCUGAUUCCCCUGGCUCUACUAGCUAGUAGAUUCGAGAGAUACUAGUACCGGUAGGCAGGCAGAAAGGUCAGAGAAUCGAGAUAGAGGCAUUUUGCGCUUGAAAAAGCAAGAGAGAAGAAGUCUGGUGUUCAAUUUGCCAGGCCCUCACUGAUUUGAUAGACUGACAGUACUGGUAUUGACCAUGGUGACGGGUACUUACCAACUCAACGUGAGCAUGGGCCAAGAAGAAGCUGUGACGAGAUUGCGAACAUACAAAUUGGAGCGAUGUGUCACGCUGGUUCAUGACCGUUCCGCACUGAACCACGCUCCCGUAACAGACGGGGAUUUGAUUGCCAUCUUUGAGGCAUUGAGUGAACUGCAAGAACUCCAAAAGCUCAAGGUAGACUUUGUAGGUCGUCCUCUGCGAUUGCCAGUGAGUGCCUUGACCGUUGUGUUGCAGCGGGCAUCCAAGCUCACGCAAUUGGUUUUGGAAGAAGUACGAUUGGCGGGAAAUGUGGAUGAGUUGGAAGCAUUGGCGUCAGCCUUGAGAGCCCAUCCCAGUUUGCAGAUUGUCGAUUUGCAUGGUUGCGUCCCUGCGGAGGGUUCCGAAGGGACUCUCGAUCCUCUUGUGACGGCGUUGGCACAUGUCAAAACGCUCACGGAAGUGCUCUUGCGGAAUACGCGGAUAGCUUCACGCCAUCCUGUCGACAACAACAACAACCUUCAUCCACACAACCACCUCAAUCUCAUCCCCAACAACUUGCACCAACUCAACAUCAACGGCGGGAAUGCGGCUGCAGCUGUAGCUGCCAUACAAAAUAAUAAUAACAACAACGGUGGCGGCGGAGAUGAUGACAGCAGUAGCAGCGACGAUGACAGCGAUGACGAAGAGGCGUCUACGGCACCGUGGAAUGGGUCCUCUUUGUGCGCACUGUGUCAAUCCCCCAGUUUGAGAGUGCUCACCCUGCGAGACAUGUCGGAGAUUCGAGACCAGCAUUUGGAACUCAUGGCAGAUUCAUUGCGGUCCAAUGAUUCUCUGCGAGAGUUGACCGUGUGUUCCAUCCAUCUGGGAGAACGAGCUGGACGAGCCAUGGGACAAGUUUUGCAAGUCAAUCGACGGUUGCAAAAGUUGGAGAUCCAGCUUCACAGUGGUGAGCAUGCCAUUCCCAUUACCGAAGUCUUGCAAGUCAAUUCCAGUUUGAAACGGUUGGAUCUAUUCUUCAAUGGCUGUAUCUCCCCCAGAAUCCGGGAAGCGUUCACGCAAAUGUUGCGAUGCAACUACCGGCUCUUGGAUUUGAAUGGCAGCGUUUGGAGAGGACAAUCCAACUCGGAAAUUGACUUUUAUUUGCGCCUCAAUAGAGCCGGACGCGGCGACUUGCUGACAGAACAUGCCACGCGAGCGCAUUGGGUGGACACCAUGAUUGAACAGCGAGAUGAUCUCUCCAUUGUCUUCUCGUUGCUUCUAAUGAACCCCUCUGUGUGUCUGCAUGAUACCACAGAGUUCAAGGAUGUCAACAGCCCUCCAGGUGGAGCCCACGGGACAUCGUUGCAUCUUCGCAAGAAAAGAAAAGGACAACAAUGAAAGGCAGCCAUCUUCUAAUCGGGGAUGGCGGCUUUUUGAUUACGAUGAAUAGUGUGCGUGUUUUUUAAGACCAUGAAGGCAUGGAACAUGGAACGGCAGCAUCCAACAUUUUCAUUUUAUGAAAUAUGGGAGGAUUGAUAUUGAAGGAUGGGUAGACAAGUCUGAUACACGCCCCGCCCCCGCUAACAAUCACUACAGGUACUAAUAGAUAAGAGCUACAGGUUAUUACCGUAUUAUUUCCAAAUC